AAGGCCAUUUAAAUGCAGCGAGUGUGGAAAAGCUUUCAACCAGAAGGGGGCAUUGCAGACCCACAUGAUCAAGCAUACGGGCGAGAAGCCCCAUGCCUGUGCCUUUUGCCCUGCUGCCUUUUCUCAGAAGGGGAAUCUCCAGUCCCACGUGCAGAGAGUUCACUCAGAGGUCAAGAGUGGUCCUACCUACAACUGYACAGCAUGUAGCUGUGUAUUCAAGAGCCUCGGCAGCCUGAAUACGCACAUCAGUAAGAUGCACAUGGGGGGGCCCCCGAAUCCCACGAGCUCUGCGGGGACCGCGCACGUCAUCACGGCCACGCUGUUUCAGACCUUGCCUCUGCAGCAGACGGACACCCAGGCCUCCGCAGCCUCAAGCCAGCAGAACUCUCAGGCCGUGACGGAUGUCAUCCAGCAGCUUCUGGAACUCUCAGAGCCAGGGCCUGUGGAGUCCCACCAGUCCCCACAGCCCGGGCAGCAGCUGAGCAUCACAGUGGGCAUCAACCAGGACAUUCUACAGCAAGCCUUAGAAAACAGUGGGCUGUCUUCACUUCCAGUUGCAGCUCCGCCCAGCGACUGCAGCCACACCAAGACGUCCACAGGGCCAACCGGGAGCCCCGAUGCUGCCAGCGCGUCCCCCGGGCAAGCAGACCCCACGGACACGGGGCCAGAGAAAGGGCCAGAAAGCCCUGAGAAGUUGGAUAAAAAAGAGAAGAAAGCUAUAAAGAAGAAGUCUCCGUUUCUGCCUGGCUCCGUUCGGGAGGAGAAUGGCGUGCGGUGGCACGUGUGUCCCUACUGCACCAAGGAGUUCCGGAAGCCCAGCGACUUGGUGCGCCACAUCCGCAUCCACACCCACGAGAAGCCCUUCAAGUGCCCGCAGUGCUUCCGCGCCUUCGCCGUGAAGAGCACGCUGACGGCGCACAUCAAGACGCACACGGGCAUCAAGGCCUUCAAGUGCCAGUACUGCAUGAAGAGCUUCUCCACCUCAGGGAGCCUCAAGGUGCACAUCCGCCUGCACACAGGAGUUAGACCUUUUGCUUGUCCUCACUGUGACAAAAAGUUUCGCACCUCAGGCCAUAGGAAGACCCACAUUGCUUCCCACUUCAAACACACAGAGCUACGCAAGAUGAGGCACCAGCGCAAGCCUGCCAAGGUCCGUGUGGGCAGGACCAGCGCUCCAGUCCCCGACAUCCCUUUGCAGGAACCGAUUCUCAUAACUGACUUAGGUCUUAUCCAACCCAUUCCAAGAAACCAGUUUUUCCAAAGUUAUUUUAAUAAUAAUUUUGUAAAUGAAGCAGAUCGACCAUACAAAUGUUUUUAUUGUCAUCGAGCGUAUAAAAAGUCCUGCCAUCUUAAACAACACAUCAGGUCUCACACAGGUGAAAAGCCUUUCAAGUGCUCUCAGUGUGGAAGAGGCUUCGUGUCUGCAGGAGUGCUCAAGGCGCACGUGAGGACGCACACGGGCCUCAAGUCCUUCAAGUGUCUCAUCUGUAAUGGAGCCUUCACCACUGGAGGCAGCUUGCGCAGACACAUGGGCAUUCAUAACGACCUCCGGCCCUAUAUGUGUCCCUAUUGCCAAAAAACCUUUAAGACCUCGCUGAACUGCAAGAAGCACAUGAAAACCCAUAGAUAUGAACUUGCCCAGCAGCUGCAGCAGCACCAGCAGGCCACCUCGGUGGACGACAGCACUGUGGACCAGCCGAGCCUGCAGGUGUCGGCUCCCAUGCCAGUGGAGAUGGAGGGUGCCGAGCUGCAGCAGUCAGCCGAGCCUGUCUCCACUGACCCCGAGGCCAUGCUGGACCUGGGGUCGCAGCAUGUGGUGGGCACAGAAGAAGCAGCACUGGGGCAGCAGCUGACAGAUCCGCCUUUGGAAGCGGUUGAAGAUGGGUUUACAGCUGCCCAGGACCCUCUCCCAGGGCACAUGGACCAGUUUGAAGAGCCGACCCCCACACAGCAGUCCUUUGAGCCAUCAGGGCUAUCUCAAGGUUUCACAGUGACCGACACGUACAAUCAACAGGCUCAGUUUCCACCUGUGCAACAACUACAAGAUUCCAGUACUCUCGAGUCCCAAGCCCUGUCCACGAGUUUCCACCAGCAGAACCUGCUGCAGGUUCCAAGCUCUGACACAAUGAACGUAACUGCUCGCUUGAUUCAGGAGUCGUCCCAAGAGGAGUUGGACCUGCCGACACAGCGCCCCCAGUUCCUGGAGGAGGGCGAGGACCAGAGCCGGCGCUCUUACAGAUGUGACUACUGCAACAAGGGCUUCAAGAAGUCCAGCCACUUGAAGCAGCACGUGCGGUCACACACAGGAGAGAAGCCCUACAAGUGCAAGCUCUGCGGGCGCGGCUUCGUCUCCUCCGGGGUCCUCAAGUCCCAUGAGAAGACUCACACAGGGGUGAAGGCGUUCAGCUGCAGCGUCUGUAACGCCUCGUUCACCACCAAUGGCAGCCUCACGCGGCACAUGGCCACACACAUGAGCAUGCGGCCGUACAAGUGUCCCUUCUGUGACGAGGGCUUCCGCACCGCGGUUCACUGUAAGAAGCACAUGAAGAGGCACCAGACGGUCCCCUCUGCUGCGUCGGCAGCUGCAGAGACUGAGGGAGGAGACAUGUGCCUGGAGGAAGAGGAGGAAAAUUCUGACAGAAGCGCAUCGAGAAAGUCCCGUCCCGAGGUCAUCACCUUCACCGAGGAGGAGACAGCCCAGCUGGCCAAGAUUCGGCCCCAGGAGAGUGCCACUGUGUCUGAGAAGGUCCUGGUGCAGUCGGCCGCAGAGAAAGACCGCAUCAGCGAGAUGAAGGACAAACAGGCGGAGCUGGAGGCUGAGCCUAAGCAUGCCAACUGUUGCAGCUACUGCCCUAAAAGCUUCAAGAAGCCCAGCGACCUGGUGAGGCAUGUUCGAAUCCACACUGGAGAAAAGCCAUACAAGUGUGAGGAGUGUGGCAAGAGCUUCACUGUGAAGUCCACUCUUGAUUGCCACGUGAAGACCCACACAGGCCAGAAGCUCUUCAGCUGCCACGUGUGCAGCAACGCCUUCUCCACCAAGGGGAGCCUGAAGGUGCACAUGCGCCUGCACACGGGAGCCAAGCCCUUCAAGUGCCCUCAUUGUGAGCUCCGCUUCCGCACCUCGGGGCGCAGGAAGACGCACAUGCAGUUCCACUACAAACCAGACCCAAAGAAAGUCAGAAAGCCUGUGGCACGCAGCUCGCCAGAAGGCCUGCAGCCGGCAAGCCUGCUCAGCCCCUCCUCCACGGACCCCAGCGUGUUCAUCAUGAACAACUCUGUGCUGACAGGACAGUUUGAUCAGAAUCUGCAAGGACUGGUGGGCCAAGCUAUUCUUCCUGCUGCCGUGUCAGCUGGUGGUGACCUGACYGUGUCUUUGACAGACGGGAGCCUGGCCACCCUGGAAGGCAUCCAGUUACAGCUGGCUGCCAACUUGGUUGGGCCAAAUGUUCAGAUUUCUGGAAUCGAUGCCUCUAGCAUCAACAACAUCACGUUGCAGAUUGAUCCCAGUGUUUUGCAGCAAACACUGCAGCAGGGCAACCUGCUCACCCAGCCACUCUCAGGAGAGCCCGGCACCGCCCCUCAGAACAGCUCCCUGCAGACCCCUGACAGCACCGUCCCAGCCAGCGUCGUCAUUCAGCCCAUCUCAGGCCUGUCCUUGCAGCCCACAGUGACAUCUGCCAAUCUGACCAUCAGCCCACUGUCUGAGCAGGAUUCCGUGCUGACCACCAGCAGCAGUGGGACCCAGGACCUCACUCAAGUGAUGACUUCUCAAGGCCUCGUGUCCACAUCCACGGGCCCGCACGAGAUCACCCUGACCAUCAACAACUCCAGUCUCAGCCAGGUCUUGGCCCAGGCAGCGGGUCCCACUGCCACAUCCUCCUCAGGGUCCCCACAGGAGAUCACGCUGACUAUCUCUGAGCUUAAUCCCACGAGUGGGAGCCUGCCUUCCACAACACCCAUGUCACCAUCGGCCAUCUCCACGCAGAACCUGGUCAUGUCUUCGUCAGGCGUGGGGGGCGAUGCCAGUGUCACGCUGACCCUGGCCGACACUCAGGGCGUGCUGUCAGGAGGCCUGGACACRGUUACACUGAAUAUCACCUCUCAGGGUCAGCAGUUCCCAGCGCUACUCACGGAUCCAUCUCUCUCGGGCCAAGGUGGAGCGGGCUCACCGCAAGUCAUACUGGUGAGCCACACCCCACAGUCUUCAUCAGGCACAUGUGAAGAGAUUGCCUACCAGGUGGCCGACGUCUCCGCCCUGGCCCCAGGCAGCCAGCCCGAGAAGGACAGCCUGGCGCACCAGUGCCUGGAGUGUGCCCGCACCUUCUCCUCGGCCGCCGUGCUGGCGCACCACAGCAAGGAGGCGCACGGCCGGGAGCGCAUCCAUGGCUGCCGCAUCUGCAGGAAGGCCUUCAAGCGCGCCACGCACCUCAAGGAGCACAUGCUGACGCACCAGGCCGGCCCCUCCUUGAGCUCUCAGAAGCCCAGAGUGUUCAAGUGUGACACUUGCGACAAGGCGUUUGCCAAGCCAAGCCAGCUGGAGCGACACAGCCGCAUCCACACAGGGGAGCGGCCCUUCCACUGCACUCUCUGUGAGAAGGCCUUCAAUCAGAAGAGCGCCCUGCAGGUGCACAUGAAGAAGCACACCGGGGAGCGGCCCUACAAGUGCGACUACUGCGUCAUGGGCUUCACGCAGAAGAGCAACAUGAAGCUGCACAUGAAGCGGGCCCACAGCUUCGCAGGAACCUUGCAGGGCACAGCUGCUCCCCCGCAGCAGGACGGGGAGGAGCUGAGGACCCUGCACCUGGAGGAGGUGGUGCAGGAUGCUGCGGGCGAGUGGCAGACCCUUACCAACGUGUUCUGACGCAGCGAGGGCACCUGAGCUGGCUCUGCAGCUACAUUUAUGAAGAACAGAGCGCUUGGAAUUUCUAUUUUAAAGCUUCAAGUGUUAAAAAUGUACCACAAUAGUUUUUUAGCUAUAAAAUUAUUUAAAGAAUCAUUGUCUUUCAGAGACUUAGAGGAAAAAAACUGGGAGAAAUGUAAACACGUUGUUCUCAUUUGUCUACGAAUCACUGAACUCAGGUACUACAAUAGUCAGCUUCACCUUCUCCAUGGCCAGUGUAUCUAGUUAAAAAGAAAUUAACUGGAUCUUACUAUCAUUGUAGUGUGAUUUCUUUGUAUUAGCAAAGACAAAAGUUAACCUGGAAAAAGUAUGUAAGAUUUUCCUUCAUGCUUUCUGUUAUAAGAAGCAUCGCUUACAGAACAACCCUAAGAUAGGUGCAUGAAGUUGAGAAAAAUGUCGUGACACAUGGGAGGCUCUUCACUCUUUACUCUGUGCGUUUUGGAAGUUAGUAGUAGUCGUCUCUUUUUACCCUUCCCUAAGUGAAUACAGCUGACCCCUGAGAGGUGGCUGGACCAACUCUCCCUCACAGGCAUCUGGCCACCAGCUGGAAGAGCCAGGGUCUGGGGCAGCAGGGAGAGGACACCUGGCCCCAGGAGGAUCAGCCGUCCCACAGGUGGGAGAGACCUGCUGUGUGCAUCUGCUGAGGCUCAGGGUGAGGCCACUGCAGAAGCACAAGCCACACCGUGGUAGGGAGUGGCAGGUGGUCUCCUGGGAGCAGGUCUCCACCCUGCCUUCUCCACGGGAGGCUUGUUUUAGGUUAAGGGUGAGAACCCCCAGACCCCAUGAUUCCUCUUCAUGCAUAAAGAGAUGUGUCUUUUAUUUCAGGGAAUUCUUUAUUGUCCUCAAUGGUGCCCGCUAGACACGUCCCCACCAAGCCCCACCCGGCUGGGGCGGAACGCGGACGCUGCGUCCGGCAGCAUUCCAAAGCCGAGGUUCGCCACGCCGCGCUGGUUCCCUGUGGGUUAUUUAUAUGUUCUAUAUAUAAAUGCGAUGUACAUAGUAUGGGCCUCUGUGUGGCUGAGCAGUAUAUUUUGUAAAUAGAAGCACUAGUCCCCGUCCCGAGUGCGCACCUGAGGCUCCUCCCACGAGCACUUCAGWCCCCUGGUCGUUGUUAAUAAAUGGAUACCUUUCCCACCGUAACACAAAGCUGGGUUUUAUUUUCUUCUGAAAGAUGAUUGCCUUUGUUUUUCUCUCCGCCUCCCUGGCUCCAGAGGAGAGUCGUGUUGUUGUAAAUAUCGUGUGGAUUUUGUAUAUCAAGAGGAGUCGCUCAGACUCCGAAAGAAAGAGACGUCCCACUGUUCUUCUGAAGGGCAUCUGUGACUUUGCUGUUCACCUCUGUAUCUGUAUAGACGUCACACUGCGCUGACAUGAAGACUUUUGUUAUUUUGUGAAAAUAUUUAAGUCAGAAAACUGUUGAAUAAUAUUACCUUUUCCCCAAAAACUGCUUUGUGUAUUGUAUAUUUUUUUAAGAAGAGAAAAGCCUUAUUUGACCUCUUGUGAAGCUGGACUUGUGGCCCCGUGGUCCCCAGAGGCCAGCCCGCUCACUGGCGUGGCAGCAUUUUCAGAAAAACUGUAACUGUGCAAGAGUUUUAAAGGCUCUGCUUUUAAUGCACUUUUUCUUUUAUAAUUUUGUAUUAAAAUAUUUUAGAUAUGUUGAUUAAUUUUAGUGAACAAAUAUCCCCAAAGUUGAAAUUAUUGGAAUUUAAAGUUUUUGUUCUUGCUGGUUUAUUUAUUUUGCUUUUAACAUUAAAUGUCAUCUCAGGACAUCUCCAAAAGGGGGUGUUUAGUUCCUAACUAUAUAGAGAGCAGAGUGUGUGACUGUGUGGUUCAUUGCUGUUUAAGUAAGGCCUUACCACAUGAAUCUGAAGCCUACUUUUAUUUUGGUUAAAGAAAAAGAAAAAAAUCUAUCAGUAGUCCAUUCUGUGUCUUUUCUCGGUUUAUUAGCAGGCAAACACAAGACGUGUAUGUAUUAUUUGGGUUUACUUUCUAAUCAUAAAAGCUGCUCCUUUGCAAAACAUUCCUUGAAAAUACAAGGUUUUAAAAUGAUAUGAUUUCACUUGAAUGUUUGUGGUGUACAGGUUGAUCUUUGUAUUUUACUGGCUGAUUAAGAAGUUGUUUUAGGAAAGAGAUUUCUAGCCUCAUGCGUAACCAGGGUUUUGAGGAUAGAGAGCUGUAUUUUUAGAGCUGUCUCACCAGGGCAUAUCUGCUGUGGAAUAGCUAUAAAUACAAAAUGACAUUAAGAAAUGUGAUUAAUUUUUUUCCUUUAAAAAUAUUUAAGAUAAAAUUGUUUGGCACAUGAAUUAAUUUCAAGUUCAGAUAUGUUUACCAGAGAAGAACUUAGUGAUAUUUCUUUUACCUCUGAGGCCCAGACCAUGGGAGGUAACCCUCGCAGCGUCUACCUGAAGAGCUUCGGACCGAGAAUCAGGGUACGGCGUGGAGUAGGUCCUGCACAGCGCCACCAGGUCACCUGCGCCACAGCCACUGUGGCUGCUUUUGAGAGUUUGUCACUGCCUUUGACCCGCUCAUGGUAAAGGAACUGCUAAGCACUUGCACAGGCUGAAAGAAAGGAUUCCGUUUCCAAAGAUGUGAGCAUGAGCCCGCCGCGGCUUGUGCAGCCCAGACAGCGGGAGUGAUCUGGYGGACAGAGCACGGGGAGGGCGGUAGGUGACAGCAGAAGCCGCUUUCACCUGCUCAGCAAGUGCCACUCAGCCCCGUCAGCUCCUGGAGGUGAUGGCCACGGCUCAGCACCACCGUCCCUGUGCCAUGGGACGAGCCCCGCGCUGCUGAGGCAGCGCUUGCUGGGGAAGCAUCUGCAGUCUGUUCCUUUGUGUCCUCCCUCGCCACGUUCAAGGAAACCGGAGUCUUAAAAUCAUAGCUGCAUUUUGUACCUUCCUUUGAACUUGGGUGCUUUUGUGUGUGAGAGGUUCAGGCCGCAGAGCAGGGGCAGAUUCUGAAAGGAGAUCUCAGUUCUUCCUGUGGAAUUCUCUCUUAUUGAGAAGGAUGUUCRUAGCUCAUGGAGAUCCACAUUUCAGCAUUAACGAUCACCACAGAUUUAUGUAAAUAACACUUAUGAGAAAUAUGUAAGAUGUGUAAACUGCUUGCUGGUCCUGAUUUGGAGGGUGUCUCCCACCUGCUUCUUAAGUUCUCCCAAAGCUGACUUCAGUGGGCAUCUGCCCUCCCCCACCGAGAGCGGUAAUCCCUGCUGUGUGCCUCAGCCUCCUGCAGAGUGGGGGCAGACUGCUGGACCCAGAGCCCUCUUUCACACUUAAUUUAUUCGUGCAAUGUGGGUGCUUUAGGAUUUUUAGAGUAAAAUUUCAAAAGAGCCUACAUAUACAUAACCCAAUUUAGUGUUACAUAUCUGCUUGGGCCCUUGGAAAGCAGCAUUUUGAAAUCUGGUUACGUCUUUUGCAUUGUCUGGUAAUGGGUCAGCAGAGCUUCGUGAGGCCAGAAGCCCUGCACACCCCCUGACAGUGACGUUUCUUCACCUCGGUGAGCACGAAGCCACCGUUACGUGGUCUCUGUGCUCCUAGUUGCCCCUUCCUCCGACACACGGUCCACUCGCCCACUGCCUCCCAAGGCGCCUGGUGGUUUCUUAGUGGAUGACUAAUAAGCAUUUAAAGCACUAAAAAAAAAAAAAAAAAUCAUUAGUAUCAAUGUCAGCAGCAAUAGGCAGUGAUCAUAAAAGAUUUUGCUAUUUAAUCUUUUCUAUGUGUAACGCUUUACAGCAUGAAGACUUUUGUAUUAAAUCAAGUUUUGUAUUAUAUUUGACAAGUUCUAAAAUGCCAUAGUGAUUGUUCUUGAGUCACCACUGAAGAAAAUUUAAUUUUUUAAUUUACAGAAGAGUCCUCUUUUUAUCUUCGGAAUUGUCUCAUGGUCUAUUUAUACAUUGGAUGAUAUUUAUUUAAUCCAAUUUUGUAUUAGAAAUGCAUAGUUAUGCCAAA